AUGGAUUCAAAUCCUACUCAAACCCAAUCCCUACCCUCGAAUCCUCCCAAGAAACACCAAAAUCUUAAACUUGUCCCCCUGUCUAUAACCGAACAUCUGGAUGAUUUUUGGGAAAUCUGGAGAGAGGAGAGGGGGGUCAUUUGGUCCACUGGAGUUUUUGAAAUAUGUUUUACCGAGGACGGAGCAGAAUCCGGAGGGAGAGGCGACCGACCCAAAUGCGUAGGUUUCGUGGGCACCAACCGGCCAUCCCCUGAGGGUCUCGAAAUGGGAUAUUGUGUGAAUCCCGAUUAUUAUGGUAAUGGAUAUGCUACGUGGGGAGUGACUGAGUUUUUGAAGGUUUAUUGGGGGAUGGAAGAAAGAUCCCAUAUCUCGCACCUCGUAGCAAAAAUUGACCCGAGAAAUAAAGCAAGCGAGAGGAUAAUAGCCAAAGUUGGAGCUAGAAAGGGGGAAGUUCUUGAAAAUUUUUAUUCGAGAAUAAUAGAUGAGGGGAAAUUGAGUGAUAUCAGGUGUUGGUAUUUGGAUAGACCUGGAGUUGGUAGGAGUGGGGAGGGAAAGGGAGAGGAGGGCAGAUGA